AUGUCAUCGUUUAUUUUUUUGCUGUUGUGGACGGUUGUUCAAUGCCCGUGCGCUGCGACUGCUCCCUCACCAUCGUACACUAUUUUCCAAGACCAGAGUUCACCACCGUCUCCGACUCUGAAUGCCCGAAAUUCCCCAAUCUGCGUAAGGGUCGCCCAAAAUCCGGAUUGGGCUGGUGCGAUCGAUGCGAAGCAUUGUGCUGACGCAAUUGGACGGCUCUGGGAUCGAAUGUUGCCGUAUGGCUAUACUCAAUGGACAUUCUGGGCAACAAAAUUCAUCUCAGAUGCUCCACCCGGCCCGUCAUGGGAAGUCCCCCAAGGAUCAGAGUACGGGAAUUGUGUCGUUGUUUUCAGAAUGGCAAAGGACUUGGGGGAUGACGUCCUGCCCUAUGGUGGAGGUUUUGAGCCGACGAGCCAAGCUCCAGCAUCGCUCGAUGCCAACUGGCCCGACCUAAUGGAGCAGCUACUGCAGCUGUAUUCAUUCUGUGUGCAACGGAGGAAGUCGCCAGCUUGGACGCAAGUUUCAGAUGCUGGAGUCCUUCUUAUGCUGCCUAAAGACAGUGUAAUGAAGCAGCGGUGGUCGCAUCGUUCGUUGAAUCUGGGUAACGCGAGUGCAAUUAUCUCUAAUGUCACCCUCACCUCGUAA